AUGGGCUCCGAUGAUAGCAGCAGCGAGCGCUCGCUCUCUGCCUCGCCGUCGCCGAAUUCACGACAUCGCUUCCCUUCGCUCGCCUUUGCCGACGCCAUCAAUAUCCCCUUCAAGUCUCCAAUAUCGCAGCCAUCGACCACAUCAUCCUCUCCCGAAUUCUCUCCAUCUCCCAUAACACCACCGUCCUCCUUCAGCAGUCCAGCCUUCGCAAGCUGCGCAUACCCCGACUGGCCACAACGCGACAUCCUCUCCCCAAAGACCACUUCAAAUUGUGGGUCCCAGGCCAACUCUUACAUCUCCGAUGACGACCUGCUCGAUCUUGCGGAGCUGGAGCUUAUCGGCGGGAUGAGGAUCCCGUCAGAUAUGCGAACAGAGUUUAUCCCGUGGGAACAGACCAGGCAGCCGCCACUUGUGUUGCAGUCCUUGCCGAUGGUCAAGAGGAAGGCCCAGCCGGCGCCGAAGAGGAGAAGAAGAAGCUCGCCGUUGAAGAGGAAGAAGGUUGUGCUUGGGAUGAGCCCGAUUGCUGAGGCGCCGGAGUGA